UCUUCAUUCAUACCGGGACACCGCUCGAGAAGGGAGUAUCACAGUCGCGCGCUUUCUCAGUGAGGAGAAAGUUUAUUUAAGUAGUAAAAAGUUUAACUUGCACUCGUUCAGGUUGAAGAGGAAAGAAGUUAGCUAUUGUUUAUUCGACUCUGUUGCCUGCGUCCUAAAGUUUAGUUUAAACGGAGACAACAACUCGAGUUGUUUUCCCUCCGGUCAGUGUUUAGGUCGCUGAUGGUUUCUAAUCUUGCUCUUUUACGUUUGGCUGUUUUCGCAUUCGUAGAAAAACACGGCAUCGUUUGCAUUUUCGUCGAUUAGCCUUUCUAUUUGUGUUUCUGAUAUUUUUGUGGAUUUAACGUAUUCUUUGCCGCGUUAACUUACGUUUACCGUGGAAACUUAAACUCCGCCGCUGGAUUUUAUUCGUGUCUUUCACAGGUGAGGAGUUUUGAACAACUUAAAUUUGUGAUUUACACAACUUGAAUGCUCUUUAUCCUCUACUGACAAAGAUCGUUUUGAAACAUUACUCCCGAGUGUUUCGUUGCAAACAUGGAUAAGUACGACGAUUUGGGACUCGAGGCGAGUAAAUUCAUUGAGGACUUGAACAUGUACGAAGCAUCGAAGGACGGCUUAUUUCGCGUGAGGAGAGAUUCAGAAAAUAAUCCGGAUUUUGAAGAAACCAGGAAAGUUUUUGCCUCUAAGAUGGUCAAAAUACAUAUGCAAAAGCAGCAAGAGGAGAUGGCGAAAAGCAGUUUGGCAGCAAGGAUCAAUGGUGGUCUUGCAAAAGUGUCAGAGAGCUCCAAAGACAGACCGCCCAUCAGUAGUUACAGACUGGGGAGUGAAGCAGCAGCCAAACCACCCAUCAUGUCGGGACCGAUGACUGGCAAUGCCAGUGUGAAUCCGUAUAUAUAUCAUGAAGGGCAGAGACAUCAUUCAAGCAAUCUACAUGAUGGAUCUAGCAGCAGGGGUUUUGUGAACAGUUAUGACAGCAAGGACACUGGGAAUCAUUUUAACUCUAUACCAGUGCCUCCCCGGGCAGCACCCUCUACAAGCCCUACUGGCACAUGGGUGUCAAAGAGUGAUUACACUUCUCAGGCUCCAUCAUCCCCCCUCUUUAAUAGUUCAUCCUCCGCUGGUUCACCUGGAGUGAGUCAAAAUCAUGACGGCACUUCUCCACUGUGCCAGGGCCUUUCUCAAACCCUUGCCACAUCAGCGAAGUCUCCUUCCCAGUCACCCACAGGAACCUACAGGGCUCCGGGGGACUUGAAUCACAAGCCUCAACAAAUCAGCUCUGGUCAGCAGUGCCAACCCAUCGCUGCCCAGUGGUCUGCCACUGGCCCGCAAAACGGGGUACUUCAUAACACUGGCACCUCAAGCCCCUCAUUUGCCCUGGUGAACCCACCUCCACUAAUCCCUUGCUUCCCAGCUGAGACACCCCAACCCAAAAGCAUCGCCACAGGUCAGAGCCAAGUAAGGCCGACCACAAGUGUUCAGACACCGUCGGCUACCAUAGUGUCUUCCCUUGAUGAAUCCUCUAGCCCCUCUCGGGCACUCAAGCUGCCAUGCCAGACCCUCCAUAUGCAGACAGAUCAGGGACCAUCUGUGGCUGAAAUAAAAUUAGAAGCUCUAACUGAACGCCUGGAAAAGGAGAUGGACGUCCAGCCAAAGGCUGAGUACUUUGGCAGUUGUGUGAAGUGCAGUAAGGCUGUUUAUGGAGCCAGUCAGGCGUGUCAGGCAAUGGGCAGCUUGUACCAUGACAGUUGCUUCACCUGUAGUGCUUGUUGUCGAAGGCUCCGGGGAAAAGCUUUUUACUACGUCUGUGGGAAAGUGUUUUGUGAAGAAGACUUCCUGUAUUCUGGGUUCCAGCAGUCUGCUGAUAAAUGUAAUGUGUGUGGACAUUUAAUCAUGGAUAUGAUUCUGCAGGCGCUGGGGAAGUCUUACCACCCAGGCUGUUUCCGCUGUGCCAUCUGUAAUGAGAGUUUGGAUGGUGUGCCUUUCACUGUGGACACAGAGAACAAGAUCUACUGUGUCAAGGACUACCACAGAGUUCUUGCACCCAAAUGUGCAGCAUGUCAUCAGCCGAUUCUGCCCUGUGAGGGGUCAGAUGAAACUAUUCGAGUAGUCUCCAUGGACAAGGACUACCAUAUAGAGUGCUAUCACUGCGAAGAUUGUCAUAUGGAGCUGAACGAUGAGGAGGGUCACCGCUGCUAUCCUCUUGAUGGACAUUUACUCUGUCACGCCUGUCACCUUAAACACAAGGACCUUGCAUCCCCUCAGUCUGCUGUAAACCAACACCACAGUCAGUUUUAAAGAUCUGACUCCCUCUUGUGGCUAUUCAGAGACAUUAUCAUACCAAAGUUACUCAAUUACAUUACCAAAAAUGACUUAAAUUAAAGGUGCACGUGUGAGAUAAAUUAUUUUAUAUAUUGCGAUUCUGAAUUGUUUAGAAGGUUCCUGCUUUGUGUUUAUUAGGAAUUCAUUAUUAUUCAUUUUUGUAGACUGGAUUUAAAAGGAAAUAAUUUACGAUUCAUUAGUUGUAUGCCAUUGUUACAUUAAAUACAACUACCAUUACAUUCGUAAACCCUUAUGUGAUCCUUUAAAUAUUUGUUUUGACAGCUCACAAUUCUCAGACAGAGUUCUGUUGAAAGUAUUAAAUUACAACUGUUGAGCUUUUGUAUAUGGACACACUGAAAUGCCUUACAUGAAUUAUUCUGCCCUUGAGAUUUUGCUAAUCUUUUGUUUAAGGUAGAAUGUCGUGGAGUUUGCUAAUGUGUCCAGGAAUUGAAUGCGUUCCUAAACAUGUUUCCAUAAUUGCAGGUGAAGAAGAAUAUUAAACACAGCUCACUUACAAAUAUUUGUAAAGAUCCAAUGGUAAAGACCUAUUAAAUUAUGUAUUUAUCUGUUGUUACGAUUGAUUUAUGUGCGUUCUCAAAUGUAUUCAUUUCUUUCAGUAUUACGUAUUUAUCUAUGCUCCUAUUAAAAAGAAGUAUGGGAGGUAUUAUGAUGCAUUUUGUGUUAUGCUAAUGAUGCCUUAAAAUUGUUGUCAUAAAGUUUAACACAAAUCAUGAAUACGUUUGAUCUUUUUUCUCUUGCUGUACAGUUUUCAGAUGAUUCAGUAAGUCAGAUUAUUGCAGUCGUUUGCUCCGCUUACUUUAGCUUGAUGCUGUUUUCUGUCAGUAGUCAGGCAUUUUGAGCCGGUUCAGCUCUGUAUAUCUCUGAAGUAACUCUGAAUAAAGUUUGCUUUAACUUCUUUUAUAGCAUGCACAGAGCAUGUCAUAAUAUAUUAGUCACUUUAUUUUCAUAUUCAAAUAAAGUGUGAACACCCAGCUUGUUUUUAUUUUUAUUACUGUUUUAUAUUGUUUCAUUAUUUUUAUAUGAAUAUGUUGAUUUAUUUUGUCACUUCAUUUGUGAAGUUUAAAAACAUCACUUACUCGUUUUCUAGUUUCUGGACAUCCUGAUGAACAG